AUGAUCAUCAUCUUGAUCGCCUUGAACGGCACGGUCUUCCUUCUGUCGCUGGUGGGCAACGUAUCCGUGCUGUGCGUCAUCAUCAAAGACAGGCGCUUCCACUCGGCAACCUACAUCCUGGUGGCCAACCUGGCGGCUGCAGAUGUCCUUAUGUCCGUCGCUUGUCACCCCCUGACGCUGGUUACUAAUUUGUUGAACGGUAAGAUCAAAUGUCAGAUUUCUAACUUAUUAAAGGAUUUUGGGUUAAGAAUAUUGGUGCUAUGA